GUAGGUCUUCACAAUGCAAGUGAAUGGGUGUCAAAAUUGUGACAUUCUGAAAAUCACAUAAAGGCACCAUAAAAGUAAUCCAUAUUUUCUGAAGUGAUAUUAUAGUUGUGGGUGAGAAACAGAUCGAUAUUUAAGUCAAUUUACGCUAGAAAUUAUUUCCCCUGCCCUGUAAGGGGCGAUAAACACAAGAAGAAGAAUGUGAAAGUUGAAGUGCAGCAUGACUUGAGCAGAGAGGAGAAUUUAUAAUAAAAAAGGACUUAAAUAUUGAUCUGUUUCUCACCCACACCUAUCAAAUUGCUUCUUGAGAUAUUGAUUUAAACAUUGGUGUCAUAUGGAUUACUUUUAUGCUGACUUAAUGUGAUUUUUGGAGCUUCACAAUUUUGGCACCCAUUCACUAGCAUUUAAUGGACCAAAAGACCUGAGAAAUUCUUCUAAAAAUCUUCAUUUGUGUUCUGCUGAAGAAAGAAAGGCAUACACAUUUGGGAUGGCAUGAGGGUAAGUAAAUGAUGAGAGAAUUUUCAUUUUGGGGUGAAAUAUUCCUUUAAUUUGCCCCUUACUACAUAUCUUAUUUCUUCCAGAUACAAGUUCCCAACAACCCAGCUCUCUUGCCCACAUCUCAAAAAGAAUCAAACGUAUAGGCUUACUGAGGUUUGCAAAUUCUAAUGGCUUGUCUACAAGGAUCAUCAGCAUUCAUAGAUGAUCACAGUCUCUCACUGCUCUCUCUCCCGCGCGGGAGCCAUGGUAACGAGAACGAUGGGCGCUUAGCAACACGAGAGGAGGAGACCGAGAGCGCGCGAGACACGGCAUCAUUCACGACUCGGUCAACAGCCACCGACCUUCAUUUCGUCAAGCGCUGCUUUAAAAUGACUGCUUUGAUGGUGAAAUGGAACGUUAGAUCAAAUAAUCAGUUUUGCUAAAUAUAUCUAAAUUAGCGCGAUGAAGUUCGUCGUGGUUUUAGUUUCCGCUGGCUUUUUAGCUUUUCUUGGUGCGGUCAUCUGCAUUAUCGCUAGCGUGAAUUCACGAUCAUCGGCCGACGCGCCCCAGGCGUUCUCAGACAACCACUCGCUCUCACUGCUGGAGCCGCUCCCGGGAUCCGUAGCGCACGCCGGCCCGCUGGGAGCUCUCCAUGGUGCUGAAUCCUACGAUGGAGGCGGUUUGGACAUCGGCUUGGAGAUACCGUCGCUCAACGAGCUCAGGACCGGCGAUGUAUCAGGCCCUAGCCCGAAACAGUUCACCCUCAACCGACUCAUUUGCACCCCUGUUCCCAUUGGGGAUUGCAAAUCGAGGGGUCUGAGACAAGCCGAAGACCUGUUCGCGGACGAGGAGGACUGGAGCCUCCGCACGACCGCUGAGGAGCUCCGGCAGAUUGUCAUGCAGCAGAACGAUCAGAUCUUCAUGGACCAGAGAACCAUCACGGAGCUCACUGGGAAGCUCUCGGAGUGCGAGAACAGCCUGGAGGAGAGGAGUCUCAAUGAGCGGAGUAUGGGGGUCUGGGCGGGUAACCGACGCCACAUGGCCGGGGAUGAUGUGAGCAGCUCGGUUGCAGUGCAGUUGCAGACCGCCCGGGCUGUGGAAGAACUGGAAAGAGCCAUUCUUCAGCUGAAAGACCGUAUAGAGAAGCUGGAGAUGGAGAUUGGCCCUGCUGCGAUAAACCACACCGAGCAUGCUGUGAGCACAUUAGGCAGUGUGGUGGUGGGUGAACCCGACAGGCCUAUGGAGGAUCUGGAGGGAGAGCUUGAAAAGAAGAUUAGGCUGUUGGAGAAGGAGAGGAAGAACCUUCGGAAAGAGACCCAGAACCACCAUCAGCACAUCGACCAGGGAAUCAACACCUUGCAAGAGCGGAUUGCAGAGCUGGAACAGAGUCUUACAGAUUACAGUUACCCACAAGGGUAUAAAAUUUCCUUCACUGUGCGAACUAACUACAUGUAUGGGCUAGUCCGGCGGAAUAUUCCCGAGAUGUAUGCCUUCACUGCAUGUUUGUGGCUCAAGCCUACUGAGAAUGGAAUUGGAACACCAUUUUCCUAUGCAGUGCCAGAACAACCAAAUGAAGUUGUCCUGCUUCAGGGCAUUCAUAACCCUGCAGAACUACUCAUUAAUGAUAAGGUGGCACAGUUGCCCCUUUCUUUGCCCCAGGGCAUCUGGCAGCAUGUAUGUGUGAGCUGGACUCUACGGGAUGGGGUUUGGAAAGCAUAUCAGGGUGGCAAGUUGAGAGGACGGGGCGAAGGGCUGUCAGCAUGGCACCCAAUCAAAUCCGGGGGCAUGCUGGUGCUGGGACAAGAACAGGACACCCUUGGUGGGCGGUUUGAUGCAUCCCAGGCUCUGGUCGGGGAGCUGUCGUUAUUUAACCUGUGGGAUCGUGUUCUGUCGCCUACGGAGGUGGCCGCUCUUGCGGCUUGUGCAGAAUCGCCAAAGCUGGGAAACGUGGUGCCCUGGACAGACCGAGAUGUGGAUGUGUUUGGUGGGGCCGUCAAGGACCCUGUGGACCCCUGCGUUCACAGCUCCCAUCCCCGGCAGUGAGCGGGGUCAUGGGUCGAUACCAUUCUUUAUAGGAGUGGGGCAUAAAAUGAGACAAAAAGAGGCUUGAAAUGCUGAAAGACAAAGAGAUAAUAAUUGUAUCAUGGUUCCAGUAUUUGUAUUGAAUGUAUUUACCUUUGAACUGUGUUUCAGCUGGGAUCUAUAGAGUGGCUGCAGAAAGAUUUAAGGCCUGUUUUCGUCUCGUGUUGCUUGUGUUCUUUCACGCCCCUCUUCCCAACACAUUAUUGCACUGUGGUCCCUUCAGAUAUACUAUAGAGAAUGUUUUUAAUAAGAUGGCUGUAGAUAAUUCUCACAGCAAUCGUCUGUGUGCUUUAUUCGUGUAAAGUGGAGCUUUUGCUUUAUUGUUUGUUUUAUCUGUCCUUUGAGUCAUUUCUAUAGUCUAAACGUACCUUGAAAAUUUCAGCAUCUUAAAGUCAACAUGAAAUCAAAAUGAUCCCAUAAUGAUUUACUUUAUUACACAUUCCUGGUCUGAGAAGGAUUUUUCAGCACACGAUUUUCCAAAGAAACAAAUGUUUUCCUCAGUAAUCACAAAUGUAAUAACUUGCUCUGCCUCUGAAAUGACUUUCCUUCUCGGCUGACAAAUACAGACCACGUUUCAAAAUCCAUUCAAUUCCUGAUGAAUAAAAUAAAAUUGCUUCUUACAUUUUUUCCUCAUUCAAAAUCCUGCAUCAAAUUACAGAUGUAAAAUGGGUUGCAGAUGCCAGUUAAUGUUGACUUUAAGUUUACUGUCAUGUUUCUUAACAUCACAUUAAACCGUGGCAAAAUAGUUGGGCUAUUACACCUUUGUAUUAAAAUUGUAUGGUAAUAACCAAUAAACCACUGCAAGACUGCCGGCGAUUUUUGUGUGAUUAAAAACAAAAACAAACAGUUUGACACCCCCCCCUCACAAAAUUCGACCACUGUGUAUAAUACAUAUAAAAUAUGAAUUCAGAGGUUCAUAUGUAUGUCUGUUUUGGGUUUCUGUUGUUUUUUUUUUGUUGUUUUUUUUUUAAAUUGUGAAUUCUUAUUUGAAUUAUUUUUUCUUUUGAAUUCAUUGAGCAGAAAAACAAAAACAUUUCUGUGAAAAGUGUUUUAGAAAGUAACAAAAAGUGAAGUAAUUAGUAAUGGGAUUACUUUUUUGAUUAAGUAAACAGUAAAGUAAUCUGUAAUUUGUUAGUGGAUUGUUUUUUACUUACCCAACUUACCCAUCACAGUUCUUUACACAGUGUACCAUCACCGACUUUGUUUCAAAAGACAAAUUCAACAAGAAUCCAAAGCCUUUUUUUAUUUAUUUAUUUUUUUAUAAAAAAAGUUAAUUUAAGCAUCUGAUUAACUUAAACUACACACAAAUGUGAAGAUGAUCGCCAUCAUCAAAUGAGUAUGAUUUGCUGCACACAUUGAAAAUAUGAACGCAAAACAAUGUUUAAAUACAGAAUCUUUCAGCAUCAUGUCAUGUUACCAUUGCAUUGCACCUAGUUCUCCUUCUCCUUGCCCGUCACAGAGAAAGCUUAGGAAAGUGCCUGCCUAUUUAUUUGAUUCUUGCUUUUGGUCGAUCAUCAGCUGUGAUGUCAGUGUAGUGCUUCUUUAUAUUUGCACCACCAAGGAUCUAUGAUGAUAUUGUGAAAAUGUGGAUGAAACAAUUAAAAUAGUGAAGGA